UAAAUUUCCAUCGUACACAUUUUCUAUUUCAUGUUAUUAUCAUUAUUCGUUGUAAAUGUCAUGAUUUAUUAUAUUAUCGAAGGUUUUUACGCGAUACGAAGAUAAUAAUAAUUCUUAUACAAAUACAAAUUAUAAUAUUGUUCAUCGGCGAACCUUCAUUAGUUUUCUGGACGUCGAGCGCAACACCGAUUUCGAAAUCAGAAAAUCACUCCGUUUCCACUAAUUCACAAUACUCUAUAGUUGAUGUGUUGACAGACAAAUUACUUUCAAACAUACUGAUUGCAUUUUCCACUACACUUUUGUGAAAACGCAUAAAACGAUUCAAUAUAUAACUAAUUUCAACUAAUGGGUUCACUUUCCAGCAGAAGAAUACCCUCUCCAACUCAAGUGAUGGCUGCUACACAGUUCGUUAAAGACGCUGUUGCGCACGAUCCUAUUGUUAUAUUCUCGAAAUCGGACUGUGGCUACUGUCAGAUGGCUAAAGAAUGUUUUGAUAAGCUGAAAGCCACUUACAAAUCCAUCGAUUUAGAUAAGAGAGAAGACAUGGAUGAUAUUCAAGAUGCUUUAGAAGGAAUAACUGGCGCUCGAUCGGUGCCACGAGUGUUUGUGAAUGGCGUAUUUAUUGGUGGAGGCUCUGACGUAAGAAAGAUGUCCCAAAAUGGCAAGUUGGAAGAGCUCCUAAAAAAAUAACUUUAUUAAACUAAAAUAAACAUACCUACUUGAAUUAGAAACAUUUUAGUCCAAAUAAUUCUGUAUACUGUUUUCCAAGAAUAAUGUUUUAUUUCAAAACAAUUCAUAAUAUAAAAAUGUUACUUAAA